AUGUCUGACCCUAAAGUAUGGUUAAUCACAGGUACAUCAUCAGGUUUUGGUCGCCGUUUAGUAUCAAUCGUUCUAGAACGCGGUGAUCGCGUGAUCGCGACGGCCCGAUCUCUCCAGAAAAUCCAAGAUUUUCCCCAAUCUCCAAACCUACACCUUCUAGAGCUUGAUGUGACUUCCGGAACGACCGUCAUCAAGGAACGCGUAGAUGAGGCGGCUAAGGUCUGGGGCAGGAUUGACGUGUUGGUGAACAAUGCGGGUAUUGGGCUGCUGGGAAUCCUUGAGGAAUGCGGGGUGGACUUCCUAACAAGACAAUUCCGCCCUAAUGUCUUGGGUGUGCUGGACGUCACGAAUGCAGCAUUACCAUAUAUGCGUGAAAGGAAGAGUGGUACAGUAGUUAUUAUAGGAAGUCGCAGCGCCUGGAGGCCUGAGGUCAAGGGACUUGGCGUUUAUGCCGCAUCAAAGGCAGCAGUGCAGGCAAUGAGCGAAACACUUGCCCUAGAACUCGCACCGUUCAACAUACGCAUCCUCAUCGUCGAGCCUGGCGCCUUCCGCACAGAAAACAUAUACAGGAAUAAAUUUGACACGUGGACGAAUCCCAUACCUGAUUAUGAUAAAACGCGAGCGGAGACACAGGUGAUGUAUGAGGCUAUCCCUGGCAGGCAACCAGGAGACCCCAUGAAGGCGAUGAAACUCGUCGCAGACGUCGUAAGAGGAGAAGGCGUUGCAGCUGGGAGGGAGUGGCCGUUGUAUCUCGUCUUGGGAGAAGAUGCAGAGAAGGAUGUUAGAAAUAAAUGCAUGAUGAUGUUGAAGCAUCUUGAUGAAUGGCAGGACGUAAUCCGGGACGUGAAUAUAUGAACCGAUCUAGAAC